UGGCCUUGGAGGGCUCCGGCUAACUCGGCUAAAGCUAACGUCAGGCUUUGAGGCCUUGUAGCAGGCCGCUGUGAUUUUAAAGUACGGGCGGGAGUGGCGCAAACCGUCGCAUACGAAAAUGGAGACUCGGUGCUUUGAGUCAGCGAGCCACUCGCGCGAGGAAAAACGUCCUUUGAUACGUUAAAAGCGACUUAGUCACGCUCUUGAAGCGUUGUAAGGUGUAUGUUUUGUGUGGUUUUCUUCUUUUCGUUCGGUUAAGCCCGAGCAACGUUGGCCAAGCGGCCUCAAGCGGCGUUGCUAAUGCUAUUGUGGGUAGCUCUUGCACGCCGUGCUCAUUUUCCGUGAAAUAACAGUGCUUCUGGAGCAGUGAAGUGUCUUCAUGGCAGUUCGUAGAGGACACAUUCAGUACUUGGAUCAGCAGGAGGCAUACGAUAUGUCCAACGGUUACGACAUGCCGGGCGAGGACGCAAAGAACGCCAAGACCAACCUGAUCGUCAACUACCUGCCGCAGGGCAUGUCGCAAGAUGACCUGCGCAACCUCUUUGGCAGCGUCGGCGAGGUGGAGUCGGCCAAGCUGAUUCGAGAUAAAGUCGGAGGCCACAGUUUAGGGUACGGAUUUGUUAACUAUGUUAACCCUAGUGAUGCAGAAAGAGCUAUCGAAUCACUGAAUGGACUAAGGCUACAUUCCAAAACUAUCAAGGUGUCGUACGCGCGGCCCAGCUCGGACACCAUCAAGGACGCCAACUUGUACAUCACCAGUCUGCCCAAGACCAUGAUGCAGAAGGACGUGGAGGAGAUGUUCUCGCGCUACGGCCGCAUCAUCAACUCCCGCGUGCUCGUCGACCAGUCUACAGGUAGGACGGUGGCGUUGAAACCUCUUCCUCGCUCGCUCGCUCACUCGCUCGCUCGUUUGUCCUGCACAGGCAUGUCGCGAGGCAAGGCCUUCAUCCGCUUCGACAAGCGCUCCGAGGCAGAGGAGGCGGCGAAAAACAUUAAUGGGCAAAAGCCGCCCGGGGCCUCGGAGCCCAUCUCGGUGCGCUUCGCCGCCGACCCGAACAUGAUGAAGAACACGCAGCUCCUCUCGCAGCUCUACCACAACCAGUCCAGACGCUUCGCCGGGCCCAUGCACCACCAGGCGCAGCGGUUCAGAUUCUCCCCGAUGGGCGUGGACCACAUGGGCAGUGUGGGCAGCGUGGGCGUGCCGGGCAACUCGGCCUCGGGCUGGUGCAUCUUCAUCUACAACCUCGGCCAGGACGCCGACGAGAGCAUUCUGUGGCAGAUGUUCGGCCCCUUCGGCGCCGUCACCAACGUCAAAGUGAUCCGCGACUUCAACACCAACAAGUGCAAGGGCUUCGGCUUUGUCACCAUGACCAACUACGAGGAGGCGGCCAUGGCCAUCGCCAGCCUGAAUGGCUACCGCCUGGGCGACAAGACCCUGCAGGUGUCCUUCAAGACCAGCAAGGGCCACAAGUAGAGGAGAGAGAAAGAAGUGGUGCGUCGGGAAGUGCGGUCCGCUUGUUUUAGCGCGUUCACUCAACACUGCACCUUUCGUCCAAAAAAAAAAAAAAAAAGUCUCCGAACUUACUCACAUUGCUCGUUGUUGGUUUUCACUUUUUUUUUUCUGGAGCAUGAGACUUUUGUAUCGUCGUUACAGUAAUUCCAAACCUUCAAAAAUCUGCUACUUUGAAAUCAAAAUUUCAAAGUAGCAGAAAUUAAAAACGUAAUGAAAUUACGGUGAAAUUAAAAACGUAAUUUUGCCGUGUUCGUUCAUAUUCUGAGCCAUGUUUUGCUCUGCGCUUUUUUUUUUUUUUUUUUUUUUUUUUUUUUUUUCUUCUCACGAAGAAGCAGCCCUGGAGUAUUGUCACUUUGAGACAUGGAGGCCUUGGAUUCGAAUCAUCCAGUGGACGUAAAUGUGAGAGCAAAUGCAUUUCCAAUUUGGUUUUCGCUUCAAGCCCCCCUCCGUGUUGCUCUAAAGAUCAAAUUUUGACGUGAAUCAUCAAAUUGCCCGCCCUAACAGAUUGAAAUUUGGGUAUCUUUUAAUUAUUGUCGUUCUGAUUUGUAUGAGGGUAAAAAGGCGAGAUUGAGGAGGGAAAGGUGAUGGACCAAAUGCAAGGCAACGAAUGAGUCAAUUCUUCAAACUGGCUUUUUUUUUUCUUCCCCCUCCCACAAUGGACAGAGGUACUCAAGAAUUUUAUCAGACUGACUGGACGCAACAUCACUUUAUUCCUCCCGCCUCUUUUCAUUCGUGUUGUUUAAUCAAUAACUAAAGA